AAAAAAUAUAGAAAGGAUGAAAMUGUUAAAAUGCCGGGUUAGGUGCUUUUGCUCUCAAAAUCGUACAGGACCGUCAUUUUGAUAUUAUAAGAACCUUUUGUAAAUGAAAUUACAAAUAACUCGUGGGAUAAGAGAAUAAUUAGUUGUAGUGAUGCCAUAUCUACAGGCCCUGCCUAAACCGGAAACGGAAGUAGAAUAGUAAUUUUAUUAUGUGACGUCACUGGGCCAUCAAAACCACAGCCGCUUUACCGCAACAGGCCAAAAGAAGAGUGUUGUUACCACACUGGGUAGAACGUAAAUCGCACUAAAAUAUACUUUAAACAUCAGGAGGUAAACAUUCCAUGGAAGUGGCAUAAAAAGUCAGCACGUUUGUAAUGGSUCUGUUCUUUUAGUUCGGUCAAAAUUUCCAUUAGAAUUGUUGUUCUUGUUCKUCCAUGCAUGGCUGUCUUACGUACUUUCGUCAUGGUUUUAUAAAUAUUCAAAGCGUUAAGUCGAGAGCAGCUUGAGGAUAACAACAGGCCGUCUAAACCAGAUAUCAAACUCUUUUGAGUAAAAACCACAGAUUUGCCGGAAAGACGAUUCACUGUUCAAGCAUUACAUCACUUUUUGGCGGAAAUUGAAAGAUGGCGAGCGCCAGAGUCGCUCGAAGUGGAACGGACAAAACAGUAAAGACAGCUGAAAAAACUACAACUUUGGAAAGCAUGCUGAAACUUCUGCUCUUCUUGGAGACCGAACUUCAAUUCAAAGAGGAGAUYCUGGAGUUAUUAUUGGARGACGAACGAGUAAACAACAUACUGAAUGAAAAAAUCGAUGAAUUGAGCAAACGCAAGAGGUGCGACCCGGCCUUGGCACUUGGUCGUGAUAGUUUGUAUGAAAAGGACACCUGGGACGAGUGUUUCAAGAAAUGGCGGGAAACAAGCCCACCUGUUGAACAGGUUCUUGUUUCAAACUCAGUCCACCUCGGUGCUACGACGGCCAUGAGGUGCGUGGAAUUAGCCAAAGUACAGCUUCAUAGAUAUAAAGAAACUUAUAUUACACUACAGAAAGCUGCUAAAGGAUACAAAAAGAUAAAGCAAAAACUUAUCAAAGAAAAACAUCGUAAAAGUGAAGACUUCUCGYUGGACAAUGCUGAAGCCAUGUCCGCUGCAAUCACUGAACUACAGGAGAAAAACAAGCUAUUGUAUGACAAAGUGAUUUGGGAACGAAAUCGAGCGAAUAAUCUAGAGAACCAACUAGAACAACUAAACGCUGUUAUCAACAGAGACAGAAGAAAGAGUGGGUACAUUGUGAAAGUACUCGCACAAGAAAUUGAACAAUUAUCACAACAAGUACAGUUUUACAAUGAACGAAAUGAUCACAACGAGUUACCCAAUGGAUUCCAUAAGCCUGCUAUUAGAGAUGAAGGUAGAGAGGAAACAAUUUUGACGUCGACUUCUGUUGAUUGUCGGUAGCCCACGCUUGUUGUCCCUUUGAAAUAUUAGUGAAUUGGACAGUGUUUGUUGUUGWCGAUGAUUGUUGGAAUACAUUGUCAGACAAUUGAUACCGUUGGGUUUUUGUAUAACUACGCAAUGAAUGGACAGACUGUGGUGAGACAAUGGUGCAGGGAGGCCAUUCUUGAAAAAUGUAAUAAAAAUGUGUAAUGAUAACACUAGGAUACUAAACGACUGUAUUUCAUACCUAAAAAAAAAAUCUUUUUGGAAUUCGAAAAAAGAUAUGUCACAAGGCGAUAUGUCCRUACAGCCCAUCAGCUGCUAUCACAUGCACAAAGGACGCCAUAUUAGACGGCUUGUUAUGUCAGCGCGUGAAGUCCAUGGAAAGAGGAAUUUGUAUGUUAGUAAACGUGAUUUAUUAGUAUUCAUUAACCUAUAUAAAAUAUAACUGACACUAGCUCGACCUCGGAAGAUUUGAGCAAAAUAUUUGUGAACUUUCAAGAAGAUAUAGAAUGAAAUGGACUUUUUGAAAAAUGCGAAGUAAGCGUUGCUUUAUUUUACAACAGACUCUCUUCUGGUGCUGUCUUUUGUUUCUGAUAAAUGCAUUUGUGAAAGAGUUUGCUGUCAAAAAUGCAGCGGUUAUCGGCAUUGAACUGGAAAAAGGAUGAUUGCAAAACAGCUCUUGUAGUAAAUUCAGCUCUUGUAGUAAAUUCAAUGACGUUCCUUUUUUCAAAUUUGUAUAUUUUGUACGAAACUCACACUUUUGUACUAAUUUAUUCUAGUUAUCAAAUCCACUUAAAAUAAACAAAAAUAUAUUCUUCAUAUCAUACAACUUAUAUCAAUAGGGUGAAAAAAUGAAGAAYGUUGUUAAAUUAUUGUUAAGAGCAUUAUGUAUGUUGAAAUAGACCUUUCGCAGGGCGCAUUUGAAUUCAAUGCUUUAUAAAAAUGAACUUGCAAUAAAUUCAACGAAUAGCAUACAAUAUUGAGUACAUUGAAGAUGYCAAUAAAAUGGGAGCUUGGAAAUUGGAACUCGA